UGGAACAUCUUGCAAUAAGAGAAACCAAACACGAGACCAUCUACAUCUUAUCUCAUUUCUAUCCCAGCGUCAGUGCAUGACGUAGUAUCGCUUCAACGUGUCUCACAACUCACAUUCACUCAAACAUUUUUGCAAUGGGCGAUCACACCCCACAACAACAGGCUUCCAACAGCUCUUCCACACGCCAACAACCAAACUUUCGUUCCACAUACGAUUUGGAUCCAUUCUUCACACACGAUACAUUCUUUCAGAUGCCGCAGCCCAAGUACAAUCCGCGACAGAUAAUAUUCGUCAAGAAUGUCCCGCAAGAAGCCGCGCCGCGUAUCGUCAGCCUCUACGCACAGUACGAGCCGGUUGAGACCAAGAACCUUUACCCAAAUUCGCGCAUAACCACAUUCAUGAUCGCUCUCCCGAGUCUGGGCGCGACAGAGGCAGCUGUACGUAGCACGGAUGGCUUGAAGAUCGGGAAUAUAAUCAUAAGCGUCGAGCGCUAUAAUGCAAACCAGUCAACAGUCGCUAGACGCGACGCGCGUAAGAAGCCACCUCACGUAACGAGUGAAUCUGGACAACGUGUGAAUAGCUAUAACAGUAACGGCGAUGAGUACGACGAGGACCUUGACGAAUACGACUAUUGCGACGAUGUACCAGAGGCGCCAGCUGAGAACGCGACGCCAGUGAAGGCGCACAGCGAGGCAUCACGAAGAAUCGGCUUGCCUUCUACACCGGCGCGAAAGGUAGACAAGGAUAGUACUUUCAGUUGGGCAAACAUCGCUUCCGGCGUGUCGACUUCAUCCUCACCAGCGCCAUCUAGCAGUGACACCAAACAGCCACCUCCGCCCGCACCCGAGUCUUUCCUGCGCUUCCGGCACUCGGCUGCACCUUCACCAGUGCCACCAAGCAGCAAGGCCAGACAGCCAGCUCCGCCCACGGUUGAGCCGUUUCCACCCCUCCAGCACAUAACGCGCGAAGAGUCAAAUACUCUGCUCCGUUCCAAUGGCACCGCCCAAGACACUCGCCUUCCCCCACCGCUGAAAGGCACGUUCACCAGCGCAAUCAUAAAACCCGUCCCAUUUAAUCCCGAGCGUUUCCCAUUAACAAUACGUACCACCCCACUAACAAGACGCUCACCGGCAGUCACCUCAGUAGUUCCUCGCGUGUCUCUACCGCGCCCAACGUCUCCCCACACACCACCCCCCUCACCACCCCGCCCUGCUCCAGCAGCACCGAUACUAGCACCUGCUGCGCCGCAGCAAACACAAAGCAGCGAGGGCUCACAAGUCGAGGAGGAUUCUAGUCAGCAGACGCAGGUUCCGAAUGCGCACCAACACCACCAUGGAGGUCUAGGCAUGCUGUCGGAUACGGAUCGCUAUAUCCAAGAGCGACACUGCAGGGACUGCUCGCUUUGUCGGGGCCGCAUGGGACGGCGGUCAUAGGUCAUGAACAGGUAUGUUGUUGUCUUUUGAGAUUUGAGAAGCGCGUCUGAAACGCGGUUGUUCGCAGGAGUGGUGGGAUACUGGAGUAAUGUCGCAUACGAGUCAGUAUGUCCAGGAGCGACACUGCAGGGACUGCUUAUUUUGUCGGGCCGGCACAGGACGGCGGUGGUGAAUCGCAAACAGGAGCGGUGGGAUACUCUGGAGUACUGUCAGUUUCGCUGCUCUACAUGACUGGAUAACUGGCUUCAUCAGCUGGGUGCUGCGAUUAGAUCGUUCUGGGUUAAGGUUGCAUUUCUUGCAUUCGCAUCGGGUGGAAGGGAUGACUGUCGGUCUAAUGUAAUCGGACUGGCAGCUCAGGUCACUUGCUGG